UGUGUAUUGAAAUAUAUAAGCGCUGUGUGCUUACGUGUAUACAAUUACACCGCAACAGCUCACGGAAAGUAUAUUUCAGACGCUGUCGCUGAUCACACACAAGUGUCGCACAAACAGUUUUCACAUAGUGAUUCAUAGUGAACCUUCUACGAUGUUGUACUCAAUCAUCACAGUGGCCGUGUGCCUUGUAAGCAGCGUCAAUAGCGUUUCUUUGCAACAAGUAAAUACUAACCUCCCCGAUGGUGUGGAUCGGUUCAACGGCCCAGUCAUAGGAGUAUUAGCCGAACCCUACUGUAUCUCCUUAGACCCCAAGAAAGCCGGGUUUAACCAUGGUUGUGAACAAUCACCCCAGUCUGGGGUAGAUGUUUGGGCCUACAAAUACCUCGAAGCAGCAGGUGCGAGGGUAAUUGGCAUUCCCUAUAACAUACCUGAAGCAGAAGUACACCAAUUGUUCGAUCAAAUGCACGGUGUAUACUUCCCUGGAGGUGAUGCCAGUCUCGAGUACGAUUCGCAGUACUACAAGACAGCUAAUAUUCUGUUCAAACGAGCAAAAGAAGCUAACGAUGCUGGUAUUCACUUCCCUAUCCUGGGUAUCUGCAUGGGCUUCCAAUUGCUUACCGUGUUGCAAUCGCAAGACUACAGCGUGCUUGAACACGGAGUGUAUGAUUCACAUGGAGUGCUAUUCCAGCUCGAACGUACGGAGGAGACCCAGGACAGUCGUCUUUUGGGCCAAAACGCUCCCAAACUGGUCACCGACCACUUCUACAACACCCCGUCCACUGCGAACUUCCACUACGAUGGCAUCACCAUGGAGAACUACGCUAAGAAUGAACAUUUGAACGAGUUCUAUCGAGUUGUAAGCACAAAUCACGAUCUCAAGGGAAGGCCGUUUGUAUCUACUGUAGAAGCUUACGACUACCCCUUCUACGGAUUGCAAUGGCACCCUGAAGGCGUGCAAUUCAGUUGGUCUCCGCAUUCCAUGUUUGUUGACCGUACCAUGGAGAGCAUCAUGUCUGUGCAGUACCUUGCUAACUUCUUUAUAGGAGAAGCGCGCAAGUGCUCGCACCCGAAUGUGGAUAAUAGCUUGACGCUCGACUCGUUGUAUCUGUACAAUCAGCAACCGGUGAUAAAGGGCAACAGUUCGGCGGUGUACCUCUUUGUGCGCGACAAUAGUGCUCUGGACGCCUGAAUGAUAUCAAGGUCUGUUGCUUAGCAACGGUAGCGGAUAGUGGAGUGCGAGGGACCAUGACUGGUAUGCAUAUACUCAUACUAGUAUGUAAUGUAAGGCACUUGUGUGCGGAUAGAAUUCGUAUAGUAUAGUAGAUUCACCUGAUUGGAAGUCCUGGGCGUCUGACAACACCUAAUCGUCUAACCGAGCUAAUUGAGGUCUGAUAAUGUAUCUCGAUUGCUUGCGGUGCACUAGGGUACCCUCGACAGGGAAUGUUUAGACGUAGACCCUGAUAGAGACAACGCAAUCUAAAUAAACGAUCUUGGACUCUAUAACAAGCUGGG